AUGAAUAAAUUUUUGGUUCGUCUUGAUAUGGCAACGGAUACAUUAAGUUUAUUAAAUCGUAUAAUUCAAUCAAAGAAAGCUCGUGAACAACAUGAUGGGCUUAGAAAAUUACUUUUACUUUUAAAAAAUAUACCAAUAAAUCGCGAAAAGGUCAAAUUAAGAAUUUACCUUCAAUAUCAAACCAAUCUUAUAAAACAAUCUCGGCUAUUAAAUAGUGCUCAUAGCGAAGCACUGAAUAAUAUUUAG